AUGGCCGCCACCGCCGCCGCCACGCCGCCCUUCCGCCUGCGCGUCGCCCUCGCCGCCCCGCGCCCGGCCAUCCCCGCCGGCCAGUCGUGCGAGCUCGAGGCCACCGUCCACAACGACGACGACGCCGUGCUCACCGUGCUCGCCUGGAACAACCCGCUGGAUCCGUCCGCCGGCUUGCUGGGCGUCUUCGAGGUGCGCGAUCGCGACUCCGGCCAGGACAUCCCCACUGCCAUCAUCCAGAUGUCACGCAUGCUGCCUCCAUUGCCCGACCAUCUGGUGGAAAUCCGGCCCGGCGAGUCGACUGUCGCCCGCGUCGUGCUGGACGCCAUCACCCUGCCGCCAAACCGCACAUACUCCGUCGUCGCGAAGGGCCGGUGGCAGAGCGUCUGGCGGCUGCCCAAGGACGAGGUCGUCGCGAAGCAUCUUAGCGACCAGGAGACCAUCUUGGUCGGGGACUUCCUGUCCAACCCCAUCGAAGUCUCGCAGGUGAGUCGCCCGCCCCAGCACCGCCCCGAGAGAGAGAUUGUCUAA